AUGCGGAUAAACCAUAAAAAUGAAUCAAGAAAUCGAGACUUCUCCUCCUUCUUCCUCUUCCCCCUCCUCUCCUUCUUCUUCUUACUCCUCCUCUUCUUGAUAUUCUUCCUCCUCCUCCUCCUCCUCCUCCUCCUAUCCUCCUCCUCCUAUCCUCCUCCUCCUAUCCUCCUCCUCCUCUUCUUCUUCUUCUUUUUCUAUCUCCUCCUCUUCUUCUUCUUCGCCGUCGUCUUCGUCGUUAUCAUCAUCUUCUUCUUCUUCUUCUUCUUCUUCUUCUUCUUCUAUCUCCUCCUCCCCCUCCUCCUCUUCUUCUUCUUCGCCGUCGUCUUCGUCGUUGUCUUCUUCUUCUUCUUCCUCUUCCUCUUGUUACUCCUUCUCCUCCUCUUCUUGAUAUUCUUCCUCCCCCCAUCUCCUCCUCCUCCUCCUCCUCCUCUUCUUCUUCUUCGCCGUCGUCUUCGUCGUUAUCAUCUUCUUUUUCUUCUUCUUGUUCUGCUUCUUCUUCGUCGUUGUCGUCGUCGUUGUCUUCUUCUCCUUCUUCCUCUUCCUCUUGUUACUCCUUCUCCUCCUCUUCUUGAUAUUCUUCCUCCCCCCAAUCUCCUACUCCUCCUCCUCCUCUUCUUCUUCUUCGUCGUCGUCGUCUUCUUUUCUCAACUUUCCUGUCUUGUUCUUCUCCUUCCUCCUCCUUUAUUUUCCUACUCACAUAUUAUCUCUUUGCAUUUCUUUUCAAAAUUCAUUCCUAUCUACUUAUUUCUUCUUAUUUCAAUUAUUCGUUUUUGCGCUUCAUUCAAGAGAACUGUCUUUUAUUUCUUCAUUUUCCCUUCUUUUUUUCCCUUCAACACUAUUUUCUAUCAUUCUCGCCUUUCGAUGCAGCUAAUAAUAAUUCAUUCUACUGACGGACUUAAUAUCCAUCCUCUUGAACCCUGUUCAUUUUUUGUCUUCGCUCUCGAUUUCACUCUUAUUAACCACUUUCUGACGUCUCUUUCGCUUUCACUAUCAUUCAUUUUUUUAUUUUCUCUUUCGCUUCCACUCUCACUAACCCCUUCAUUCUGUCUCUAUGAACCCUGUUCAUUUUUUUUAUUUUCUCUUUCGCUUUCAUUCUCAGUAACCCCUUCAUUCUGUCUCUAUGAACCCUGUUCAUUUUUAUUUUCUUUUUCGCUUUCACUCUCAGUAACCCCUUGGUCCUCUCUCUUUGAACACCUUCUACCUUUUCAUGUAUAUCUAUCUAUCUAUCUAUCUAUCUAUCUAACUUUUCAUUUAUGUUCAUAUCUACCUCGACCUUUUCAUUUAUAUCUAUCUAUCUAUCUAUCUAUCUAUCUAUCUAUCUAUCUAUCUAUCUAUCUUACUAACUUUUCAUUUAUGUUCUUAUCUACCUGUCUAUCUUUCUAUCUAGCUACCUUUUCAUUUAUAUCUAUCUAUCUAUCUAUCUAUCUAAUUAACUUUUCAUUUAUGUUCAUAUCUACCUGUCUGUCUAUCUAUCUUUCUAUCUAUCUAUCUUUUCAUUUAUGUUCCUAUCUAUCUUUCAUUUAUAUCUAUCUCAUUCUCGUCAUAUCUAUCUAUCAAUCUAUCAUUAAUCGAGCGAUUUAA